UUAGUCGGUUGCUCGAUGAUUACACAGUAUCCUGCGCAACAAUCAAUUGUGUUUGUGGCGAAGGAAUGCCAAAUCAAGUCACAAUUCAGUGGCGCGGGAGCCACCAUCAGUGAUGGCCGUCUCGUGGUACGCUGUUGCAUUCCUCGCCGCUACGGCUCUUGGUGCUUCUAUUGCACUAUCAUACAUGCCAUACCCGCUACGGACCCCUUCGUUGGACACGAAUAUAAAAAUAAGCCGAAUCAUGCGCCAUUUGAUACGUGUAUGUACGUAGCAGGGGCUCGCAAGUACAGUCCGAACCAACAAGUUUUUGAGAAGUCCGCAUGUGGAAGGGUGUGGAUGACUAUACACUCGCCUAGUAUUCGCACAUCGGGGGGCGGAAGCCUAUUGGAUGCCAUUGAACUUAACUGGGAUUUCAGCACCUGUUCUAACGUACCCAUGCAGAUAGGUCUUUUUGACAACAGGCCGCUAUCAUGGAACAAUGCGAUAGCUGUAUUUUCCAUUGACUCUGUAGAGGGUUUCGUUAUAACGAACGUAUCGCUGGGCGAGGGCAAAUUGCCAGCUGGUUGGAAUACUGGCACUGGUUUCAAAGGCCCUCAUUGUCUUUGGCCGUGGGUCGGAGCUGGCGACAGUCAUAUCGUGGCAUACAACUGCCUGAAAAUACAGCCAACAUGGAUGGAAGAUAAUUCAGACAGAAUCAACAAACUACGAAUCGGCGAGCUGGUGAUUCCGGGCACGCAUAACGCUGGCGCGUGGCGGUUUGACACGGAGAUAAGCACCAUUUCCAGAGAUAGCUUCGUCCUCUGCCAGGACCGGUCCAUCUGGGCCCAGCUGGUCCACGGAAUCAGAUACUUCGACUUCAGAAUCGCCUAUUAUGACUUCUAUCCACGUGAAGAAGACAGAUACUGGUUGAACCAUAACUUGAUUCGUGUGCGGCCUCUUCUACCGCUCUUGAGAGAAAUUCGAGCUUUCCUCGACAGUACCAAAGAGGUAGUAUUUCUCGAUGCCCACCAUUUCCCGUUGGGUUUUUAUCACCAAAACGGCGCUCCUAUCCAGGAGGUACAUCUCGGCUUACUAAGACUCGUUCAGCUUGAAUUAGGACCUCACAUAGCCACGGCCUCACAAUUCGCUACCGGUCCCGGCACGAGAGGACCAACCCUGCAAACUUUGGUGGACGCGGAUAAACGACUUCUAUUUAGCUAUGUGGACAAUAAUAUAGUCGCUGGUAACCGGUGGUUAUGGCCAAUUUUACCUCAUCUUUGGGCAAACACAAAUAGCCCAUCAGAUUUGUUCCACUACUUGGAUAGGAUGAUCGACAUAUCUCCUCUGCCCUCUGCCCGCUCUCCGCUGUUUUCUGCGAUGGCUCAAACGACACCUACCGUCUUAGACAUUCUCUUCCUCAGAGGCUCGCUUCGAGAAAAUGCUGAUUCCGUCAAUCGUAACGUAACUGCACGUCUCAUUAGUCGAUGGCGACACAACGCAAACAUAAUCUCAUCCGAUUUUUUCCUUGCCAACGAUGUAAUCGAUGUUUCGAUAGCUCUUAGCGUCGAACGUUCUAAUCGAUUAUGACAAAAUGGCGUUCGCCUCCGAAAUGGCGGGAUCAUCGUUAACAAGUCGCAUCGCAUUCCAGUGAAAGCCUACGGGCGACUUCCCUCUGGACUACCGCUAACCGAGUACCACCGAAACCGCUCCAAAACUCCUCGUUGACUCAAACUACUUAACCAAUUUAUUUAAUAUAAUGAUUCCCGUUACUGAUCGGUCACAUCCUGUACAGGAAUUCAUUUAAACUGAUUGACCACAGUGAGAUGUAUUUAGGUAUUUUUAUAUAUGUAUUUUAAGUGUGAACUAGUCCAUAAUUACUUGUUAAGAUACAAUGUAGUUUACAAAUGCCAAAUAAAGUAUAUUAUUGUAUAACGACGACCAAAUUUGACAAAAUAAAAGAGGGUACAUAAUGUUUAA